AUGGCAACUGCAAAAAUAACUACCCAGCAUACCUAUGACAUUCCCGCGCAAUUGACUUACCUUGAAUGGCAUGACCAUUAUGAAACUGAGAAGCCUUUCAUGGUUAUUCGCUAUCCUGAUGACCCUCCUGAGAUGACGGGUGGAAACGUCACAUUCAAGGAAGGAGAAGAAGAAACAAUACACGAUAUCCGUGGACAUGAAGAUGAUUUUACCCUUGAUGGAAAUGGGUUCCUGUUCACCCAUGCCCCUACGUCUCUCGCCCCAUCCGACUUUCUAGAUGAUGAAAAAAUCAAAACGAAGUAUUUACCUGAAUGUGAGGCAUACCUUAAGGGUCUUUUAGAUGCAGAUCAAGUGAUAAUCUUCCACUACCGGGUGAGAAAUACAAUCACAUCCGACGACCCUUAUUCCGACACUGGGCCUGCACGGAGUGCACAUGUCGACCUGAGCAGUCAAACCAUUCGUGAGCGGAUUCGCAACCGAUAUCCUGACCGCGCAGACUUUCUGCUCUCUGGCCGUGUGCGGCUCAUCAACCUAUGGCGUCCUAUCAAUGGACCUAUUCAAAAUUGGCCACUUGCCGUCUGUGACGGCAAUACGUUGCCUGAGAAAAACCUCGUCCUCACCGAGAGGAUCCGUACAAGAGACAAGGCAAUUGCACGGUUUGUCGUACACUCGCCAGCGAUGAAGUGGUACUAUCAAUCUGGGAUGGAAGACGGUACGCUUCUUGUGCUGAAGAAUUACGACUCCCAUGCCGAGGAGGGUGGUGUCGCGAGAUACUCGGCACACUGCUCAUUCCCCCUCCCGACAGCAGGCCCUGAUACUCCGCCACGGGAAUCGGUCGAAGUGAGAGCGGUAGUUCUUAACUAUCCUCGGGAUGAUCCCUCGCUUGUUGAGCCGAAACCCGCCAUUUCUAAUGUAGACAGCGCAUCCAUUACAGUGUAA